UUAUUCUUAUUUUGCUUAACUCUCUUUCUUAUUCUCUUUAAUUUUCAAAUGGCUCCUCUUCAAUUAGUUCUUGCAAUAUUUUUCACAUCUUUUAUUUUCAUGCAAGUUUAUAUGGGAAAUGCUCAAACAUUCAUCCAUUCUAAAGCAGCUUAUUAUCCAAAUUCAGAAGAAAAAGGAACAGAAACUGGGGCAUGUGGAUUUGGUACUUUUGGAGCAACAAUCAACGGUGGAGAUGUAUCCGCUGCAUCAGAUCUUUAUCGAGAUGGUCUAGGAUGUGGCGCAUGCUAUCAGGUGAGGUGCACAAACAGUAACUACUGCUCGGAUAAUGGAGUUACUGUAGUUAUAACUGACCAUGGAGCAAGUGGUGGCACAGACUUUAUUCUAAGCCAGAGAGCCUUUGGUCGAAUGGCUCAGACUAAAGAUGCUGCUGCUUCUUUAUUAUCACUUGGUAAUGUGGAUAUUGAGUAUAGAAGGAUAUCCUGCAGCUACCCAAGCAAGAAUAUUACAAUCAAGAUUGAUGAGAGCAGCGAUAAUCCUUAUUACUUGGCUUUUGUAAUAUGGUACCAACAAGGCAAAACGGAUAUUACUGCUGUGCAAUUGUGUGAGACACAAAAUUUUGUAUGCAAGCUAUUGGAUAGGACACGUGGAGCAGUAUGGACUAGUUCUUCACCUCCAAGAGGACCAUUGCAAAUAAGAAUGCUACUCAGUGCUGAUGAUGGAGAUGAGACUUGGGUUGUUCCUGUCAAUAAUAUACCUGAGAAUUGGAAAGCUGGUGAAACAUAUGACUCAGGAAUCCAAGUGGAUUAAUUUACCUAAAUAAAAAAUUACAAAGCAAUUAAAUUUAUAUAUAGUUUUUGUUGAUUAUAUUUGUCAUAUUAAAAAGUCUAUAUAGUGUGUCUCUUUUAAUUUUUUUUAUACUGUAGUACAUCCCAAAUUCAUGAAUUAUUGUAUUGACAACAAAUAAAAGUUCAGAUUUUAAUUUAAUACUAGUUUCUGAUCAAAUUCCUUUC